ACCGAAGGGCUAAGAGACUGGAUGAUUACUCGCGUAGCCCUCGCUAUGAGGCUAAUGGGGGUAGAGGCGACUCUCGAGGCCAGUGAGAGUCAGAUCAGGGCCGGCGAGACGGAUACAGGGAUGGCAGAUAUGAGAGAUCGGACCGAGAUGGAUAUAGGGACGACAGAUAUGAGAGGUCGGAUCGAGAUGGAUACAGGGGUGGCAGAUAUGAGAGAGGAGAUCGGGACGGAGAGCGACGAGAUGGCUCGCGCGGACGGUAUGACCAUGGGGGAAACGAGAGAGAACAACGCGACGAUUCGUGGGGGUGGUACAACCGAGGAGAUCAAUGCGAUGAGUCACGCGGGCGAUACGACUCUGGAGACCGCCGGAAUGAUUCACGAGGACGAUAUGAGCAAGGAGGAUCUAGAGGAGACCGCCACAAUGAUUUGCACGACCAGAAUGAGAGAGGGGGAUAUGGCGCGUCAUCUGAUCCGAGAGGAGGUUAUUCUUUCACCGCGAAAGCAGGGAGUGAAGAAGUUCUUGAUGAAGAGUUCGCUGGACGAGAUUGACACGGUCGAGCCACUGAGACGGGCCCUUUGGCAGCCCAUGCAAUGCUCUAUUCUAGAGUAUCUCGCAGCAUCCAAGCCGGCUCGCGACGAGUUACAGAUGAUCACGCGGAAGACUCUCAUACCUCUAUCAGAGGAGGUUCAGAUGACCCCUAAGGUGGAUGCUCCUACUGUAGCAGUAUCGGAGGUGACUGCUAGAGCAGAUCGCAUGGCGACAGUCCUUCUUGAUGGGAUGGAAGGUGUGCCUCCAGACAAGUUUUACAUACUUGGUAGUGGGACCGUGGAGGCGAUCCUAAACGACGGAGCGGUUCUAGAUGUGGUGAUCGAUAACGGCAGUGAGGCUGUCAUUAUAGACGAGGAUCUGGCAGUGCAAGUUGGACUGGGCCUCGAUAGGUCAUACCUAUUUGAGAUAGAGACGGCUGAUGGGAGAAAGCAACAGACCACCGGGGUUUGACCAAUAAAGAAAGAUGAGACAGAGGUCGUGCCAGAGCUUGGAAGAUUCGUCGAGCAGCACCUAACCGAUGUUUGCGCGAUACUUGAGCAGCUGGACGAUGCAAAUUUGACGGUCACCGGAACAAAGAGCCGGUGGGCCGUCUCGACUAUUAAGAUCUUAGGCUUUAUCUGCGACUCAAGAGGACGCCGAGCAGAUCCAGCAAAGUUAGACAAACUCCUAAAUUGGCCGUCGUCGUUGCAUAGCGCUACCGAGGUCCGUCAAUUUCUGGGAGUGGUCGGUUACUGGCGGAUUUUCAUACGCAACUAUGUGGACAAGGCUGAGCCAUUGAAGAUACUCCUUCGGAAGACUGAGAACUUCUACUCGGAUUCUUCUCAGGAACUCCCUAUGCAAGAGCUUAAAGAUGAAUUUAAGGAGGGAGGGCGCGUACUGGGCGUGCCAUUCUUUGAUGAUGAGGCCGGAAGACCCUUCAUAGUAUCCACGGAUGCUGGACCUUGUUCAGUUGGUGGGCUGCUGUCUCAGAAGGACGCUGAAGGGAAGGAAAGACCGUUAAGAUUUGAGAGUAUGACACUUAAUACGGCUGAGCGUAACUACAGUCAAUUCAAGAAGGAAAUGUUAGCUGUUCUGCGGUGUCUAGACACGUUCAGACACUAUAUCUACGGACGGCAGUUCAUCUUAAGAGUAGAUCCCACGACGGUUGCCUCUGUCCUCCAGAAGGACUUUAGCCUGACGGACCCGACCAUCGCACAAUGGUUAAUACGGAUUCGACUCUAUGAUUACACAGUUGAGAGAAUAUUGGGUACUAAAAAUGCCGUGGCGGAUGGGCUUUCACGGAUCCCUCUUGAGGCCGAGCGCCCAAUAGUAGCUGGAGCCCUGACAAUGGCGGAGCCGAGACGUGCCGAUCGAUUUCUGGUUAACCUUUACGAGGGCAAAUACCGAACGAUCGGGCUACAUUUGUCAGGAGAGGAGAGUCAAGAUUCAGAUAUCCGGAGACAAGCGGCCCAGUACUGCCUUAGAGCGGGCCAUCUAUUCUGAAGACCAGUCGGAUCGGGGAUGCCCCUACGAGUAGUCUGUGAUCCUGGAGAGAGACAGACUGUACUUUAGCCUGACGGA